AAUUUACAGUAAAAUAUAUAUUUUAGCGGAGGAAUCAAGAAUGUGAUUAUGAAGAAACCCUUAUCGAGUUUAAGACGAUUUAUGUAACGUAUUCUUUAAGGUUAUACCAAUCUAUUGGAGUAAAUUGGAAUGUACAACUCGUUUUUUUGUUUUUUAUUUUUUAUUUUUUUAAAUGGGUCAGUGACGUCUAGUUUUCGUAAUAAAAUAAAAUAAUGACAACAUCCAAUUUCGAAUUAAUAAAACUCGUACUGGUUGGAUUUCUGUGGGGUACGACCAAUGUUUUCCUCAGAACAGGUUCCAAAGGAGUGGAGAAUGUCAAAGGAGACAAUAACGUAUCAAAGACGAUAAACGAAAUUGUAUUUUUAGUAACGAAUCUUAAGUACAUCGUACCGUUCCUGCUAAACCAGUUGGGAUCGCUCUUGUAUUUCGUUACACUGCAGAGUUCAAAUUUGACUCUGGUCGUGCCAUUCGUGAACUCUUUGACUUUCGCCGUUACGGCAAUCACCGGAUGGGCUUUCAAUGAGAAAAUGCCAGAUAAGAAUUCGUUAUUCGGAUUGGCCCUGGUAACGCUUGGAAUCGCCUGUUUUACCAUCAAUUCUGUCAAUUGAAAAAUUAAUCAAAAUAUUGUUCCUAUAUAUAGACAAAAAAAAAGCAUUGUAUUGUUUUGUUUUUUUGGUUGUUUAUUUGUUGCCAUGAAACAGCUGAAGUUUCAAUAAUUGUUCUAGAACAGUUUGGAUGUUUGGAUUCAUAUUUAACUUUUGAUUAUUGGAGUUAUACAUUAUUUUAAAGGUAACUUUUUUCUUAAUUUAAGCUACGUAUAGAUGUAUUGUAAGAAUUAUACAAAUGACUUUUGUAUUUAUAGUUAUAAUUUUUUUUUUAAAUAUAUUUGCCCUUUAAAAAGCAAAAUGUUCCUUUUGCACAUCUAUCUUAAGGGCAAAACAACCCUUUAUGAAUCUUGGCCUCUCAAUAAGAUUAUGUGUUG